AUGCCGUUGUUCAUCAAUAGCGCCAAUCGCCAAGUAGUAGGUUUUGUAGUUGCGACCAUCGGAUGGAUCCUCGGCACCACUGCCAUGAGCCUGGUGGAAUGGCGAGUGUGGUAUAUGGACAACACCUCGCUCUUCCCCUCUGAUCUAGCAUGUGUGGGAAUGUGGAGAGUCUGCGUUUUCCAUCACACCAACAACAUCAGCAGAGCCACCACCUGUCACCAUUACAGCUACCAUGAUAAUUACCUACCUCUGGAUAUCUGUGUUGUGCAAAACCUCCUGCUGGUCGCCAGCAUUCUAGGGCUCUGGGGGAAAGCUUCCAUUAUCUUUCCACUUAGGAAUGUGUACAUGGGAAUUCUUCAGAUGAAUGCCACCUGCAAUCCAUUUGUCACUUCAGGAAUUCUCAACAUAGCUGCUGGUCUCUGUAUCUUGAUUGGCGUCAUCUGGAAUUACCACUCUGUGAUGAAUGAAGAGCAUAUUGCCUUCCCACCAUCUUUCAAUAUACCUUUCAAGCCAGAUACUCAACGAAUUGGCAGUGCUUCUCUAGUGGCAUGUCUGGCCGGCUUCAUGAUGUUGUUAAGUGGGUUGUUUUUCAUCUCUUACAAAUUCCCGCUGGAUAGCCAAGUGCAUCCUGAAGUUUCAGAAAUGUAA